CCAAAAUAGAGUCAAAUUUAUUGGCAAGAUUGUGUGCCAUGCCUUUUACAUGUGUUGAGGGUCAUAUGAAUAAGGGACCAAAAUAGAUGAAUUUCAAAACUUAAGGGACACAUUUGAGUUAAAAACUCUUGACAAUUACAGAGCAUCCCCGCCGACGGUAUUUUGCCUGCGCCGGAAAAAUAUAGCAAAGCUGCGAAUCCCUUUCAGUUUAGCUUCAAAUUGUUGGAAAAAGCUAGUUGAUGGAGUCGGAAGGUUCUAGAAAUCUAUGGCGAGUGCUGGAGUUCUACAGUGGAAUUGGCGGUUUGCGGUAUUCUCUGCUCAAAGCCGCCGUCAACGCCACCGUUGUGGAAGCUUUCGACAUAAACGACAUCGCUAAUGACGUUUACCAGCACAACUUCGCUCACCGGCCUUUUCAGGGUAACAUUCAGACUCUGAAUGCCGCUGAUCUUGACGGCUACAAUGCUGAUGCUUGGUUACUUUCUCCUCCUUGUCAGCCGUAUACUCGACAAGGACUCCAGAAAGGUUCUAGUGAUGCGCGUGCAUCAUCAUUUCUUAAAAUUCUGGAACUUGUACCACAGUUAUUGCGGCCUCCAUCAUAUCUUUUUGUGGAAAAUGUUGUAGGAUUUGAGACUUCUGAUACCCAUGCGAUAUUGGUCGAAAUAUUGGAAAAGAAUAAUUUUGUUACACAAGAAUUUAUUUUGAGUCCGCUGCAAUUUGGACUGCCAUAUUCUCGGCCUCGUUAUUAUUGCUUGGCCAAAAGGAAACCUUUAUCCUUUGAAGUCCCUGAAUUUAACAAUCAGCUUCUUCGGACCCCAGGUCCUUUACUUGGACAGACUGAAAGCACAAUGGAAAAGGAACAGCUGCUGUCACCAAAGUACUGGGAUGAGCUGCUUCAAGCUUGUCAACCUGUAGAUGAUUUUCUUGUAUUUAAAACUUUUGGUAAUGGGAAGGAUUCAUCAACUUACUCUUUCCAUGCCAAUGAUUCUGUAAAAUCAGAUAGAAGUGAUGAGGAAAAUGAUGUGUGCUUUGUUCCAUCAAGCCUGAUUGAAAGAUGGGGAAGUGCCAUGGAUAUUGUUUAUCCUCAUUCAAAGCGUUGCUGUUGUUUUACAAAAAGCUAUUACAGAUAUGUGAAGGGUACUGGCUCCCUGUUGGCAACUGUCCAGGAAAAGACAGAGAAUGGAACACCUUCACUGCAGAAUCUGUCUCUUAGAUACUUCACACCUAGGGAGGUUGCGAAUUUGCAUUCUUUUCCAGAAGACUUCCAGUUUCCACAACACAUCAGUCUUCGCCAACGUUAUGCAAUGCUAGGAAAUAGUUUAAGUGUGGGAGUGGUUGCUCCAUUGCUUCAAUAUCUCUUCAUCAACCCUUGAUGAUUACUGUAAUGCUAGGAAAUAGUUUAAGUGUGGGAGUGGUUGCUCCAUUGCUUGAAUAUCUCUUCAUCAACCCCUCAUGAUUAUGAUUAUGCUAUUAUCUGAAGCUCCAUCUGUACAAGUUUUGCUGGAUAAAAAUUCACAGCCAACAGUUUUUCACCUGAUGGUCUAGUAGAAGGAUGCACUCAAGAAAAGCAGUGCUGACACGUUGAUGCAGAAGAACAAUCUGUAGCCAGCAUUUCCAUGACUUGAUCCAGGUGAGGGGGUUGCGUUUUGACUUCAGCAAAUCGUGUUAAAGAGAGAAACAUGGGAUGCUUCUUCUGCAUUCUGCUCAUUGGCUGCAUAGAAUGGUUCUCAGCUUCACUCACAAUAUUUUGAAAUGUAUGAAAUUGAAGCCAUUGCCAGCCGCCAGAGGUGCUUGCCUAAUUUCAUCUCUGAGAUCUAUCCAAAUAGUUCCAAGGUUGGGAAAAAAGUAAAACAUUUGAAUUAAGCAGAAGAAGAUUUCACUAAUCCUCCAUGAUUAAACAGAUUAAAGUGAUGUUUAUUACUCAAUAUUGUAACUUUAAAAGCUCUUAAGAAAUAUCUGUUGCAUGCAAAAAAUGUUAUCUAGAAUUAUUGCACUCAGAAAUUAUAUUUUGAUUCCAUUUUUUUGGUAGUUGUUAUUUUCUGAUUUAAAAAAUCAGUGCAAUAAUUAUAAUUGUUGGAACAAUAUUACCCUAUC